ACCCGUCGGGGCACAGCCCCUACUCGUGGUGCCCAGGCGUCCUGGCUAUGGCACCAUGGGCAAACCCAUUAAACUGCUGGCCAACUGCUUCCAAGUUGAAAUCCCAAAGAUUGAUGUCUACCUCUAUGAGGUGGAUAUCAAACCAGAUAAGUGUCCUCGGAGGGUGAACAGGGAGGUGGUGGACUCAAUGGUGCAGCAUUUUAAAGUGACAAUAUUUGGGGACCGUAGACCAGUUUAUGAUGGGAAAAGAAGCCUCUAUACAGCCAAUCCACUUCCUGUGGCCACUACUGGGGUGGAUUUGGAUGUGACAUUACCGGGAGAAGGUGGAAAAGAUCGUCCCUUCAAAGUGUCAAUAAAGUUUGUUUCUCGGGUGAGCUGGCACCUGCUGCAUGAAGUUUUGACAGGAAGAACCUUGCCUGAGCCUCUGGAACUAGACAAACCUAUCAGCACUAACCCUGUUCAUGCUGUCGAUGUGGUGCUACGACACCUACCCUCCAUGAAGUAUACCCCUGUGGGCCGCUCUUUUUUCUCAGCUCCAGAAGGCUAUGAUCACCCCUUGGGUGGAGGUAGGGAGGUCUGGUUUGGAUUCCAUCAGUCUGUUCGGCCUGCCAUGUGGAAGAUGAUGCUCAAUAUUGAUGUUUCUGCCACUGCCUUCUACAAAGCACAACCUGUAAUUCAAUUUAUGUGUGAAGUUCUUGACAUUCAUAAUAUUGAUGAACAACCAAGACCUCUGACUGAUUCUCAUCGGGUAAAAUUCACCAAAGAGAUAAAGGGUCUAAAGGUAGAAGUGACUCACUGUGGAACGAUGAGAAGGAAAUACCGUGUUUGUAAUGUAACAAGAAGGCCUGCAAGUCAUCAAACCUUUCCUUUGCAGUUAGAAAAUGGCCAGACUGUGGAGAGAACAGUAGCACAGUAUUUCAGAGAGAAAUACAACCUCCAGCUGAAAUACCCUCAUCUUCCUUGCCUACAAGUGGGACAAGAACAGAAACACACCUACCUGCCUUUAGAAGUAUGUAACAUUGUAGCUGGCCAGCGGUGUAUCAAGAAGCUGACGGACAAUCAGACAUCGACUAUGAUAAAGGCCACAGCGAGAUCUGCUCCAGAUAGGCAAGAGGAAAUAAGCAGAUUGGUGAGAAGUGCAAAUUAUGAUGCAGAUCCAUUUGUUCAAGAGUUCCAAUUCAAAGUCCGGGAUGAGAUGGCCCAUGUGACGGGGCGCGUGCUCCCAGCUCCAAUGCUGCAGUAUGGAGGACGGAAUCGAACUGUGGCAACCCCAAGCCAUGGAGUAUGGGACAUGCGAGGGAAGCAGUUUCACACCGGUGUUGAGAUCAAAAUGUGGGCUAUAGCUUGCUUUGCAACACAGAGACAAUGCAGAGAAGAGAUACUGAAGGGUUUCACAGACCAGCUGCGCAAGAUCUCCAAAGAUGCAGGGAUGCCGAUCCAAGGCCAGCCCUGUUUCUGUAAAUAUGCCCAGGGCGCAGACAGUGUGGAGCCCAUGUUUCGACACCUCAAGAACACAUAUUCGGGGCUCCAGCUCAUCAUUGUCAUCCUGCCAGGCAAAACGCCAGUGUACGCGGAGGUGAAGCGUGUGGGAGAUACACUGUUGGGAAUGGCCACACAGUGUGUUCAAGUUAAGAACGUCAUUAAAACAUCUCCACAGACCCUAUCAAAUCUGUGCCUGAAGAUUAAUGUUAAACUAGGAGGAAUCAACAACAUCCUUGUACCUCAUCAACGACCUUCUGUGUUCCAGCAGCCAGUGAUCUUUUUGGGAGCUGAUGUCACUCACCCUCCUGCUGGAGAUGGAAAGAAGCCUUCCAUAGCUGCUGUUGUAGGUAGUAUGGAUGCUCAUCCAAGCCGGUACUGUGCCACGGUGAGAGUUCAGCGACCCCGGCAGGAAAUCAUCCAAGAUCUAGCCUCCAUGGUGCGAGAGCUUCUCAUCCAGUUCUACAAGUCAACACGGUUCAAGCCCACACGUAUCAUCUUCUAUAGGGACGGGGUCUCUGAGGGGCAGUUUCGACAGGUUUUGUAUUAUGAACUGCUAGCCAUUAGAGAAGCCUGCAUCAGUCUGGAAAAAGAUUACCAGCCUGGAAUAACCUAUAUUGUGGUACAGAAGCGACAUCAUACACGAUUGUUCUGUGCUGACAGAACAGAAAGGGUUGGACGAAGUGGCAAUAUUCCAGCUGGAACAACUGUAGAUACAGACAUUACACAUCCAUACGAGUUUGAUUUUUACCUCUGUAGCCAUGCUGGAAUACAGGGUACCAGCCGUCCCUCACACUAUCAUGUUUUGUGGGAUGAUAACUGUUUUACUGCAGAUGAACUUCAGCUGCUGACUUACCAGCUCUGCCACACAUAUGUGCGCUGUACACGAUCGGUUUCUAUACCCGCACCAGCGUAUUAUGCUCACCUGGUAGCAUUCAGAGCACGAUACCAUCUUGUGGACAAAGAACAUGACAGUGCUGAAGGAAGCCAUGUUUCAGGACAAAGCAAUGGGAGAGAUCCACAGGCCCUCGCGAAGGCUGUACAAAUUCACCAAGACACCUUACGCACGAUGUACUUCGCUUAAGUCAAUAAAACGGGAGCAUACUCACUGAAAGGAAGAACUGAAAAAUUAAGCCACAUACAAUGUAUGUUUCCAGUGGGGUUGGUUUAUGGGGUGUGCCUCUGAUCAUGCUGAAGUUGACACUGUGCAGGGCCGAGAGGCUAACCCUUAAAUUGACACAAGGAAGAUUGUUUACUUCAUCGAGGAACACAGCACUAUUAUGCAAUAUGAAACCAGCCAACUGCUUUUUUGGCGCGGUCUCCUGUAGGAAGCACCGCCAUCUUUUUUUUUUUUUUUAAUUUCUCGUAGUUUAACCCUCUUAUGCCUUUACCUCAAGUUGCUCGGCAGCACAACUAUCUUUGCAAAAAAAAAUAAAAUAGUAACAAUAAAAAAAUCAAUGGUAUAAUUAAAAAAAAAAAAAAAGGCAAACCACCUUUAUAGAAACAAUCACAAUGAUUGUUUGGGGGAGGGAAGUGUGCAAAAAAAAAAAGUAUUAAGUUUUUUACCCCACUGCAUUGAGGAAUCUUUCUCUCAAUAUUGCCAUCAAGCAUUCGAAUGUGAACAUAUCCAAGUACAUUUGAAUGUACAGCACUAGCUAGGAAAAAAAUGAGGAGGGGAAGAUGUUUUGCACACUAAUACAGUAAUUUGAACAUAAUUUAGCCAACUGCUGCCUUUGUGUCUUUCUUCACAGCUUUGGAGUUCUCAGCUCCAAUGGUUCCCUUCUAAAAAGCAAAGAAGCUAGUGGUAGUAUGUGCAGGCAGUAGUGAUCCAAACUCUUCUUGCUCCCUGGUGAAUUUACUAAAGCUGCUGUUUUACCUAGUCCAAAAGUUUCAAUUAUUUUCUAUCUGGCAAGUCAAAUAUGUUGAAGCUUCAGGUGAGAUCAGAUGUCCCAAGUUUUAUGGGAUUGCAUCUAGUAAACACCAGAACUGAAACUUUAGAGCUAAGGUCUUUUUGGAAAAAAGAAAAAUGCUAGUUUACUUGCUGCCUCUCACACCUUAAUGUGAUUUCAUAUGUAUGUGUUUUUGAAGUUUAGCUUCCUUUUGUUUCUUUUAUAUUUAUUAGAGUAAUAAUAAUGCUUUAAUUUAAUUAUUACAGAACAUAUGGUCAACAUCAACUUUUAUUUUUUAGAAAUGUAACCAUGUUUAUUUUUAAAAAAAACUGACAACUUGUUUUGCUAUCUUUUAGUGCAAUAAGCGUUCUAAAGGAAAACUGUGUCCAUUGAGCUGUACUAAAGCAGUGUUUGUACCACUAACUGUGGAAGAAUGGACACCUCCAUGAUUUUAAAAGGACAAAGUAAAAGCCUUAAUUUUGAAAGGAAAGUUUUAUAGUCAGAAGGAAUCUUGUAUUUUCCUUUUUUAAAUCAAAAAAUAGCAAAAAAAUGCUUCUAGAAUUCUGCGAGCUUUACUUGUCACUGCAGUAUUUUGAUUUAACAAAGGAAUUGGCUGUAUUUUUGGCUUUGAAAUGUGGAGGAUAUUUGAAUUAAAUGGAAAGGGUUUUUUAUUAAGAUCUAAGUUUUUACAUGCUUAGUUAAAUCUAUUUGACAUCAGUAAAAUGUCUGGAAUCAAUAAACAGUUUUUAGGCUUUUUUCCUCUUUGAUAAUGACUUUCCUUUUAAAAUUAAGUUAUUGGUAACUUCAUUUCACUCUGCAAAUAAAGAGGGCUGGGAUAGUUCUAACAUGUUAAAUCACUGAAAUGUGAAACAAAUUAAUGGGACUCUUUCAUUCCACUUUAAAGGUAAAACAAUAUUUAAGAUGUCAGACAAGCAUUUAUUCAAUGAGGGGACUGGGGAGUUUUGCACUUUGUAAACUCGUGAACUGCAUUUUUGACUGUUUUUACUUGCACUGGUUCAUAGUAUAUAUACUGCAGAUUGUUUGUAUGGGCAUUGCUGUUAUCCCAGCCCUUCUGAACUCCACCUGCUCUCCACAUGAAAACCAGUGGGUUGGUCUAAGUAGCUUAUCUCCUGUCAUUCUCACGAAAUCCGCUGUUUGCCAAUAUACUGUAUUUUGAGCCUAAAAUCUGAGCCCAUUUCGCUUCAACAGGCAUGAUGCUCCCCCGUUUUUU